UAUAAACCUCCACAUACUUAGCUCAACUUUAGACAAGCGUAUCUCUCUGUGAUUCAUGUCCGUUUUCUUUUCAAAAGAAUCCAUUGUCUUAGCACCCCAAUCGAUGGAUAGAUCAAUACCAUCAUCAGACGUGGAUGGAGAAAUGAUUCAUGUUGAGGUGGUCAAUAGCCUUGAUUGGAUCAGUAAGCUCCCAAAUGAUCUCUUGCUUAAGGUCUUAUCGAAGUUGUCCAUGGAAGAAGUCCUUAGGACAAGUGUUCUAUCGAAAAGAUGGGUGGAUGUAUGGAAGGAGACAUCUCAUCUCUAUUUGGACAUGCGAAAGAUCGCAAACGUUAAAACUCUUUUGCCCGAGGUUUCUCAUCAAGCUGCUAGAUCGGUGACAAAGAUCAUAAAGGAUCACCGUGGCCAUUUGGAAGGAUGCACAAUCUACCAUGACUCAGUCCAAUGUGAAGACGGGGUGUUUGAGUCUUGGAUUCAGUCACUGGUUAAUGUGAAACACAUCAAGCAUCUCAAACUUGUAAACCUUUUUGACCGUUUGGAUUCAGUCACAAGAUCCAAUGUCACACUUGACUUGCCUCCUAAGUCCUUUUCCCACCCAGACCUUAUAUCUCUCUUCUUAGAUGAGUACAACUUAGAAGCUCCACAUGCUUUCUACAGUUGCUGGAGUUUAAAGGAUCUCAGACUCAUUGACAUCUCCGCAGAGACUGAAGUCUUUAAUGCAGUCCUUGUGUCUUGCCCUUCUCUCGAAGUGCUUGCACUAAGGAUUAGUUGCCACAAAAAUAGUGGGACUCUGAAGAUUGAGAACCACAACCUAAAGUUCUUAUUUUUAUCUUGCCUUGAGAUAGAAGGCCUUAACGUGUCUUCACCCAACCUAGAUAUCCUCUCCAUUGGAUAUCUCUCGUGUACGGAAGAGAACUGCGCUACAGCGAGCCCUAGCCUCCAUUCUCAUCGGAACUAUUGGGCUGCAGGACAUUGCUUUGCUCACACUAGCUAUAAUAUAUCAUGCCCCCGUCAGGGAGAAAAAAGCAUUGCGCAUGAAGUCAUGCUGAGCGGAUUCGAUUAUUGUAUGAAAAUGUUGGCAAUAAUGUCGGUGAGUGUAGACUUAACUAAUGCAAAAGAAGUUGAGAUGCUCCGAGAAGUGUUAGCUGCAUGGCCUGAACCAAUGGGAAAACUUGAGAUUUUAUUGAAGGGUAACAAUACUGCUAGAGAAGAAAGUGAGUCUUCCAUUGAAAUAACAAGGAGUAUGCUUUGGGAAGAGACAAAACCGUUUCCUAAUGCUCAGUUCCGCGUGUAUAGUGUAUGGUUGUCUAACUUUAGCGGUUCAAGGGAAGAGUUUGCAUUAGCCUCGAGUAUGAUAACGCAUGGGACGGUAAUCAAUGUGAUGAUGAUUAGACCAUCGUCCCCAUCUACAACUAAUAAGUCGAAAAUCAAAGCGGGAAUAGCGAAGCUAAAGAAACUUCCAAAAUGUCACAAAUACCUUAAUAUCACAUGUUCUGAUCAGGAUUUGGUUGAACCUAGCCUUUGGUAAUAGAGAAAAAUAAACUCUUCAGAAUUUGGAUUAAAGUAUUGUUGUAUUUCCUUUUUUUUGUUUAGAUAUUUGGGAUAUAAUUUGGACUAACUUGAAUUUUAUUUUACUUUUGGCUGCUGAGUUAUUAUCUCAA